GAAAAUAGUUGAAUUUUCUCUUGAAUAAGAAAAGGUUAGGGAGAAGGGGAGUUUUGCGCACGCGCCUUUAUAGGAACUGCAUGUUAAAACGUCAGGUCAGGUCAGAUAUGGUUGGUAAACAAUGCAACUCCACAAAAUAUAUUAUUAUAUACAAUUUACGUUAUGUUUUUUUAAAAAUAUGAUUUAAGAAUAAAAGGUGUUCAUUAGUUAAUAAGCAACAAUAUAUUCAUUUAUAAAUAGAUGAAAAUCGAAAGAAAUAGAAAAGACGAAAUAUUUCGUUACAAUAAAAAAAAUUAAUAAUAAUGUUCGACGAAGAAAAAGUAAAUGUUUCUGAUCAUGAAGAUGAUUGUCAGGAUGAAAGCAGGACAGUUUCUCUUUCUCUAUUAGAUUUACCAGUUGAAGUAUUUCUCCAUAUUUGCUCGUUCUUGGAUGCAGGAACUUUGGUCCAUGCUUUGGGUUUAGUAUGCAAACAGUUUCAUGAAAUUUUGAACGAUGACUCGUUGUGGAAGGUUAGAAUUAAUCAAAUUUGGCCAAAUGUCAAAUAUCCAACUCUACCGCCGGACGAAGAAGAUGAACUAUUUUGGAAAUUAUCGUGUAUUGCUGUUGAGAGGCAAACAUCACUUUGGUAUAAUGAAGAUUCCAUAGAAAAAUUGUCAUUAAGUAACGUACAUUACAGCACUAUCGAUGGAGUUCUUUUAAUGCAUAAUGGACAACUUUGUAUUUCGGGCGCAAGAGAUCGAACGUUAGUAUUGUGGCGUUUACCAAACGAUGAGAAUAAAUGUCUAAAAUCCGUGACAGUUGAUUUGGCGCACAAGGGAUGGAUUUGGGAUUUGACAUCGAUAAAUGAUACAAUUUACAGUUGCAGUUGGGACAGAACAAUAAAAGCGUGGACAUUGUCCGACGCUGGUCUUACACAUUUAACAACAUAUGAAAUGUCAUUAUCUGGUGCAUUAUUGUGUGUUACAUCGUGUCCAGAAUUAUCGCUUUUUGCAACAGGAUCAUUUUGUAAAGCUGUCUUAUUAUUUGAUCCGCGAACUAAUUCCAAUGCAGUAGCACGAUAUCAGGAGCAUCAAAGAGCAGUGAUUAGACUUGCAAUGAAUUCAAAUUAUAUUCUCUCUGCAAGUGAGGACAGGACUGUUGCAAUUUGGGAUCAUCGAAUGAGACGAAUUUUAAAUAAAACUCAGAUUUCUGAUGAUUCAUUUCCAAGGAGUUUAUUUAUGCGAAAGGAUAUUGUUUACGUGGGAGAUAAGGCGGCAAAACUACAUAUUUUAGAUCCAAAAAAAAAUUACGAACAUGUAAAAACUUAUGAUACGGCACAUAAUAAAGGAAUAACUGGCGUUCAUUGUACUAAUGGUUGUUUGAUAACUGGUUCCUUAGAUAAGACUGUGCGGGUUUCAAGUCCAACUGAUCCACCGCAAAAUUUAACGACAUUAAAUUGUGGUUACGGUGAAAUUGCGGGUAUGGAUUACUCAAAUGAGGUUCUUGCCGUUUCUGGAAUCGAAGCUAUCGAGAUUUGGAGACCUAAACGAAAACCGGAAAUUACUUUGUGAUAUUUUCUUUUAUUUUAAACUAACGAUUUUCGUUUAAAGAUAUAAUAUAUACAUAUAAUAGUGAUAAUUUAUACACUGUUUAUUAUUAUACUCGUUAGACUUUAUGUUUCCAAUUAUAAGACUAAUAUAUUUAAUAAAAAUUUUAAUAUAAAAACUGAA